AUGAUAACGGAACGUCGAGCGCUUCUAGACCGUCUGUCCAGCACGCCAGUGGAGUCGGUCCCCGUGAGGAGCGGAGCGGGCGAGCUGUUACCCGCUCCGCUCGACGUGGCACCUUACUCGCUGGUUGACACCAACGCGACGUGCGGACAUCACGGCGGUGAACAAUACUGCCGCGACACUCCGGGCAAACGCGUGGUAGUAUGCGACGUGUGCGAAGGGUCAGAGGGGCCGGCCUCCCGGCGGCACCCGGCAGAGCACGCCGUCGAUGGAGACUCCGCCACCUGGUGGCAGAGCCCUACGCUCGCUAGUGGAGAUUAUGAACAUGUCGAACUCAUUGCUACACUGCCCGAUAAAAUGGAGCUACUCCACGUGAUCAUCAAAUCUGGUCCCUCACCACGUCCCUUGGCGUGGUCCCUUGAAGUGUCCCCUUCGGAGAACGGGGAUGACUGGCGUCUUGUCCGAGCCUUUGGUGACAGAGAGCAUUGCAAACGGCUGUGGGACCUGCGGCCAGAGAGAAGAAGAAGAAAGGCCAGAGCUGUGAAGGUUAAAGCCAGGACGAAUAGAGCUGACAAGCCCACGUGCUCCACGCAGUUCGCUAGUCCAAGACCGCUGGAGAAUGGGGAGAUGCACGUAGGCAUAGGCGAGGGCGUGUUGGCGCGGCGCGUGCGCAUAUCGUUCCGCGCGCCGCACCCCGCGCCGGCGCUGCAGCAGUAUUAUACGGUGCGCGCGCUCACGCUGGCCGCCCGCUGUUUGUGCCACGGACAUGCGCACGAGUGCCGGGUUACUUCUGAGGGUGCAAAAUGCGAGUGCCUCCACGGAACAUGUGGAACUCACUGCCAGCGUUGCUGCAACGGAGCUGCGUGGGCGCCCCACCACGCAUGCGCCACUACUACUGUGGAUAACGAAUGCGAAUGUGGAGAACGAGGCGCUUGCGCCUAUGAUGAUACUGGCACUAUACUCUGCGUUAAUUGCACGGAGAACCGUGCUGGUCCACUUUGUGACAGAUGUCUGAUUGGAUUCUACAACGCGGUACCCGACGGACCCUGCCUACCCUGCAACUGCGACCCUGAGGGAUCUGAUGGAUCCUGCAUUUGGGACAAGAAUCGUCACCAAGCGUCCUGCAACUGUCACCCAGACUUCACGGGGUCUCUCUGCGACUCCUGCGAGGACCCUCUAGCCUCCUUCCCUACAUGUCAAGUUAUUGAGACCACUCCAGCUUGCAAAUGUGACCCCAGGGGCAUCGUGGACCCUGAUAGGAUCUGUGAUGACGUUUGUGAAUGCAAGGCCAACGUGGUAGGCGAGCGCUGCGACGCAUGCGCGCCGGGCUACUUCGGUCUGAGCGAGACUCUAGUAGAAGGCUGCCGACGCUGCUACUGCUCGCACAUCGCCGACUCUUGCGCUGCUGCCGCUUCUGAUAAUCUGGAUGACAUACCCGCUUCGAUGGUGUUCCCUCUGAACGAAGGAUGGCUGGUCACUGACGGAAACGGAAAUGAAACGCUGGAGCCGUCUCUAAACAACCAUGGAAAGCUGUACCUUGUCAGUUAUGAGGUAGAUGGCUGGGACUCGUUCUAUUGGGUGACUCAGGCCCUGCAUGGUGACCAGCUGUCUGCGUACGGUAGUGACUUCCUCAUCAAAUUCUUCUGGAGCAUCGUCAGAGGAGACACCGGCGGUAACCCAACGGUUGGGCCUGACGUCAUACUUGUUGGCGCUGAUGGUACCAGGCUAGCAUAUGGCAACAGAAGUCACUCGACCCCCGAACAGUCCGUGGAGCUGGUGGUUCCAUUGGUGGAGGGAGGCUGGUACCAGCUGAGUGAGGAUCCGGCGCUCGUCAGCCGGACGCAGCUCAUGGAUGUACUGCGAGACCUGGACCACGUCAUGAUCCGGGCGAGGUUCCAUGGAGAUCAGGAUGAGGUUCGUCUAGAAGGCGUAGAGCUCCGCGCAGGGCAGGACCCCCACGAGCAGUGCGCCUGUCCCCCUGGCUACGCAGGCGCGCACUGCUCGCGGUGUGCGUGGACGCAUGCGCGGGUACAACGCGGCCCCGGCGCUGGUCCGCGGUUUGAAUGCGUGCCUUGCAACUGCAAUGGACAUGCUGCGUGCGAGACUGUGGAUGGCCCUUGCGGCACGUGUCAACACAAUACCACGGGGCCACACUGUGAGCGAUGUUUGCCGGGACACUACGGGAACCCAGUUCAGGGCUCAUGUUCUCCGUGCGCGUGUCCUCUCUACCUACCCUCGAACAACUUCAGUCCAAACUGCGCUCUGGCCACCGCUGAAGGUGAUGAGUUCGUUUGUACUCAGUGCCCAGAUGGAUAUACUGGGGAUCAUUGUGAACACUGCGACUUCGGCUACUGGGGCUCCCCCACCACGCUGGGCAGCUCGUGCCAGCCCUGCGCGUGCGGUGGCGCGCCCUGCGACCCCGACACAGGGCUGUGCCUCACGUGCCCGCCGCACACUGAGGGCGCGCGCUGCGACCAGUGCCAGGAAGGCUACUGGUUCGGCGCGGACGGCGGCGCGGGCGCAGGCGCGGGCGGCGCGUGCGUGCGCUGCGGCUGCGGGCGCGGCGCGCUGGCGCCGGCGUGCGACGCGCGCAGCGGCCAGUGCGCCUGCGCGGACGGCUGGCGCGGGGACGCGUGCGACCACUGCGCGCCCGGACACGGAGGCAUAGAAGCCGGCUGCCCUCCCUGCCGCUGCGGGCUGGCGGCGACAAACAAGACGUGUGACGUCACCACCGGUGCGUGCUCGUGCGCAGCCGGCGCCGCGCCGCCUGCGUGCGACGCGUGCCUGCCGGAACACUACGGGCUCAAUGUCGCUGGCUGCUUGGGAUGUAACUGCUCAUCAUUAGGAGCGGAGUCGAAUGCUUGUGACAUCCGUACCGGGCAAUGCCGGUGUAAGCAGCAUGUCACUGGGAGAGCCUGCGAUACUUGCGAGGAAGGCUACUGGGGCCUGCACCUGGGCGGGUGCCGACGCUGCUCGUGCGGUGCGGGGGCCGCGGCGUGCGACCCCGUGAGCGGCGCGUGCGCUUGCGCACCGGGCGUCGGCGGCACUCACUGCGACGUGUGUCUUGCUGGGUAUUACGGGUUCGGGGCCGCUGGGUGCUUACCAUGUCCAGUCUGCACAGACGGGAAGGUGUGUUCUCCGGAGACGGGCCGAUGUGUCUGUCCCGCUCGCUCGCAUGGGCCUGGAUGCAGACAAUGUGCGACGGGAUAUUACGCUGGUGUGGGCGGGUGUAUGCCGUGUCGGUGUGGACCCGGCGCUGUAUCCAAUACUUGUGAUCCUCGCACCGGCGAGUGCAAGUGCAGAGCGGGCUGGGCAGGCGCGGAGUGCAGCGAGUGUGCCCCGGGGUACUUCGGACCGCGGUGCCGGCUUUGUGACUGUUCGGUAGCUGGUAGCAGAGACUGUCAGAAUGGGUCCUGCCCGUGCGAUAGUCUGGGACGGUGUUCGUGCAAGGAGAACGUAGUAGGCGACAAAUGUGACCGUUGCUUGGAAGGCACGUUUGGCCUCUCCGCGGCGAGCCCGACCGGCUGCACGGCGUGCUUCUGCUUCGGUCGUACGGCGCACUGCACGCAGGCUGCCGUCACCAGAGCCGCGCUCCACGCGCAUGCGCCCACGCAUGUCACCUUGCUUCUGGGGGAGAGCGUUACUUCGAUGGACCAAGAUUCCCUUCUAUCAAUCCACACUCACUCUCCAGACGUCACCAUUUCUCUACCCUGGCCUCCAGUCCCGGUGUACAUGGAGUUGGACAAACGCUUCCUGGGAGACCGAGUGACGUCAUAUGGAGGAGCUCUGAGGUUCAAGGUAGAAGAAGAGGGGGGGCAAGAGUUACCGAUAGAAACCAGAGCAAAGUUUCCACUUGUCAGGCUGUAUGGAAGGCAUAUUGUAUUGGAUUAUCAUGAGCGCGUGCCCCCCAUCAACGGCACGCACGUGGCCCGGCUGCAAGAGUCCCUGUGGCGCGUGCGCACGCGACGCGCGGGCGGCGCCGGCGCGUCGCGGGGCGCGCUCAUGCUGGCGCUACAGCAACUGGACCGCGUUAUGCUGAGGGUCACCACCAGGGCGCCCACUUAUGAUGAACAUGUCCAUGCAUUACUUCUCAACGUCUCCCUGGACACGGCCAUCCCAGGUCUGAGUCGCUCGGAGCCAGCUCUCGGCGUGGAGAUGUGUGACUGUCCUCGCGGCUACUCCGCUGGCUCGUGCCAGCACCCCGCUGUCGGGUUCUGGAUCCCGCCGCAGAAGGUCCACCUGAGCGACGUCGCUGGCACAAUCGUUAUCAACCUCGAGGGAGAAGCGCAGCCGUGUCGCUGCAAUGGACGAGCUGUUGAGUGCGAUGCUGUUACUGGGGAUUGCUUGAACUGUACGCAAGGCACGGGCGGGCCGCGUUGUGGCGUAUGCGCAGAGGGUUACCAUGGCGCUCCCGAUGCGCCGGGAGGGUGCCAGGCCUGCCCCUGUCCCUCCCGAGCGAGGAACUUCGCCUCCGCGUGCGUCAUGAGCGGCAACCGGCUGCAGUGCCUUUGUAAACCUGGCUAUGCCGGUAGAGAAUGCGAGUCCUGUGCACAAAGUUACGUACGCAGCUCAGACGGUAGUUGCGUGCCGUGCGCGUGCGAUGUUCGCGGCGCCAUGUCUCCGCAUUGCGAUAACAGAGGGCGCUGUAGAUGUCGACCGUUCGCUACUGGGAUGAAGUGCGACCAAUGUGUCGCCAGACGGACUUAUAUCGAUGAGGAGGGGUGUAAACCAUGCGACAACUGUACACAGACCCUGCUAGACUCAAUCGAAGACUUGACUACCGACCUCCACCGUCGCGCCGACCUCAACGAGCUCGGCAGAAUACCAAAACCAUUCCCUGCUCUACUAGAAUUCGCCCACAACACCACCGUCUUACAAACCUCGUUCCAAACCUUGAGAAACAAGAUGGAACACUCCAGAAAUUUACGUCCUUUACUUGAAGACUUAGAAAGAAACGAGCAUGAAGUAUUUACAGAAGCCAAUAGGUUGAAAGCCGAAGCUUCUAGAAGGGAGAAAGAAGCUCAGUCGUUAAGUUUGGAAAGUAUGAGUGGUCUUGAAGAGAUUCUGAAGCAGAAAAGGGUUUUGGGAGAGCAAGUAGGAGCGCUGGAUGAUUUCGCGAGAGGUGAAAGACAUCUUAGUGCUCACAGAGCGUUGAAAGAAGCAAGGCAUCUGCUAAGGCAUAUUAAAGAUAUCAAGCUGAUUGACUACAUUGCUGGGGCCAACGAUGUUUCUGAUUCGGCAAAUCUCCAAAUGACAUCAGUCCAAGAACGCAAGUACCGCCUCGAAGACUCAUACAGGCGGCUACAUAAGUUGCGUCGCGAGUUGGAGCAGUGGGAAGGCAAGGCGGAGGACCUCGCGCGACUGGGUGACGUUGUCUGGGCGGCGGGGGAUACAGUCGCCGCACUAGCUGUUAGAGUCAGGCCGCGCUUGAGCGUGGUUAGAGAUACCGCGUUGAGAUGUCGACUUGUUUUGGAGGACAUAACAACUCUUUCACCCCACAACCUAACCGAGGAUACGAGACUCUCACUCCUGCGAGCGAGUAACUUAGCUCGAAGGUUCCCAGCUUUGACAGCAGAGCUGGUAGCUCUAACCUUAGCUGCCGAGGAGAAAGAAGGAAUCCUGUACAACCUGACGCCGAACUACAGGCAGAAGUAUUUGACGGCGGUGGAGAAGCAUGUUGCCAAGCUGGGGGAAAAGGCUAAGGAGUAUAAAAGCCUAUUCGCCGGCACUCGCGCUUUAGCCUCAGCAGGUGUGACAGCAGCGCGAGCGUGGUCUGAAGUAGCUGAUACUGUCAAGAACGCCUCCGCAGCAGCUAACUCCGCCGCCAUCGCUGCCCACACCGCAAUGAAGAUGGCGCGAGGACCUGUCCCCAUGACAAACACUGCUGAAGUUACUAAGGCUGCUUCUGAGGAUUUGAAGAGGCGUGGAGCUGCUGUAUUGGCUAGGGCUGAAGAGCUAAGAACCCAACUAGAGCAUCUCCGCCGCGGCGCCGACUUAGUAAGCGUGGUGCUUCGUGGCCUGGGCUGGCAGGAGCGCGACCUAGGCCUCCGCCCUCGCGCCGACGUCGCUGGUAUACUGGCCACCGCUAACGAACAGGCUGAUCGAGUGUUUGCUACUACUAGGGUGCUGUACGACGAAGCAAGUGAGUUCAGAAGACGGGUGCGAUACAACCUGCGGAGACAGCUGGCGGAGCUGCAGAGGCAUGGAGACACGGCACUCGGCGCGGCACAGGAGCACGUGUCCCAAAUCCGCGGCAACACAGUUCGCGGCGCGGAGGUGGCGGAGGCGCUGGCGGCGGCGGCGGCGGCGCGGGCGCGGGAGCACGACGCGGCCAGCGUGAGCGUCAGCCCGGCGCUGAGAGCGUUGAAGGACAAGAUCGCACGCGCACGACAUGCCGCUGACUCGAUAUCAGUAUCCCUGACAUCGGCGACGGGCGCGGUGGGCUGCGCACGCGCAUAUCCCGUGCCGGCGGGCGCGGCCGCCGUCACGCGCGUCGCUGUGGCGCUGUCCUUCGACAACGUUGUUAGAGACGGACCGCUGCUGUAUCUGCUUGAUGAUACGCAGGAAACAGAGAACUACAUAAGGCUGUCAGUAGAGAACAAGAAGCUGCGGCUGUCAUGGGACCUCGGCGGAGGGGAGGGGCUGAUCCUACAUCCUGAGGAGUUGCAGCCGGCGCACGACGACAUGGACCCUACGUCCUACAGACUGGAAGUCGAAAGGAUAUGGAAUACAGUCCAUUUAACAGUGGAACGCGCCGGUAACAACGCUAUAACGGCCACCAACAGCAGUUCUCCCAGCGCAGUGACGCUCAGAGCCAAUAAGCUGUGGCUUGGCGGGCCAGGAGUGGGGUUGCCAGGCUGCGUGCACGCACUGUACCGGGACGACAACACUGUAGGGCUGUGGAACUUCAUGACGCAGCCCACAGAGGCGCAGUGCACUGGGUGUACUCAGAGGUGGUACAGCAACGCACGCGGUGGCGAGUCCCUAGUGUGGUUCAACGGAGCCGGCUACGCGGAGCUGCGCCGCUCAGGCCUUCGCCCCUCCGACCACCGGCAGUUCAGCCUCGCCUUCACGUUCCGGACUAGAGAUGAGGAUGCUCUGCUCUUCAUGGCUGUGGAUGCUGCUAAUAACCGUUCAGUAUCAGUGCAAAUGCGUGCCUGCCGCGUGGUGUUCCUUGUGGAGUACGCAGCCUCAGUGCUGGAGAUCACGGCCGCCGGCAGACACUGCCAUGGCAGACCAGCUCACGUGCAGGCCAUCAGGGUGUUCGCUCACAACAAACUGGAGAGAGGCAGUCUGCGUGUGAACGGCGAGGAGACAUUAGGAUCACCUUCACCACCGGUCCAGACCGGUGCAGCGCUACCAGAUCUGUCCGACGCCACGUACUGGCUCGGCGGAGCUCCUCCCGGGGGCAGAGCUCCUGCGCCGCCGCUGCUCGGGUGUCUUGGAGGCCUGACUGUAGACAGAGAGGGAUAUGAUCUGCUGGACACUCCGACCAGGCAUGGGAUUGAGGCGCGAUGUGGUUCCAGGGCACUACGCUCUGCAACUCUAGAAGGCGCCGGCUACAUCGAACUACCAUCCCCUCUGUUCCGGCGCAAGGCAGCCCUAGGUCUCUCGUUCCGCGCGCGGAGCCCGAGCGGGAUGCUCCUGUUCAGGGUGCCGUCAGUGAGACAAGACAACGAGGUCGAUGAUGAGGAUGAUGGCGAUGACAAACAUUAUCUGGCGCUUGUUAUGGUUGAUGGUGAGCUGGAGUUGAUAGCGGCAGCAGGCAAGGCAGAGACUCGACUGCGUACUAACGGCACCAGGUUCGAUGAUGGGAGAUUGCAUACCGUCAGGAUCAUCAGGGCACACAAACAACUGGAGCUAUGGGUGGACGAGGAGCGCGUGGCAAGCGGCACUCUCGCCGGCAACGCGUACAGCGCGCGUGCGCGGGGGCUGUACGUCGGCGGCGUGGACGCCUGGGACGCCACGCACAUGCCGGAGCUGGCCACGGAGGGCUUCACAGGCACUAUCGCCGACUUGAUUGUUGAUUCUUCUUUGAUCGGCUUCGAGUCAGCAGUUAACUGGAGUGGAGCGAGGUUGGGUCGAGCAGACAGCGAGCUGCGCGACGAACCGCGCACCGAGCCACGAGCAUUACAAGCGCAGCCGGACAGCGCCGCUGGCUGUACUAAGACAUCAUCGUACACAGUAGAAGCAGGCGCAGUGAAGUUCGGCGACGCCCCCGGCAGCCAUGCUGUCCUGAAGCUGCCGUCCAAGAUGAAGGAGCUGGCCAUCUCUCUGCAGUUCCGCACCUUCGCGCCUAACGGACUUCUGCUGUUUUCCCCUGGUACAAAAGCGAAACCUAAACACUACUUAGCGCUGUUGGUGCGAGAAGGCAAGCUCCAUCUGGUGGUCAGAGGACGGAAGCGACGACAACUAGCGCUGGCGGCGUUCGUGGCUGACGGCACUUGGAGAUCGGUGUCGGUCCGCGUGUCCCGCGGGCGGCUGGUGCUGUCGAGCGCGGGCGCAGCGGCCACGGCGCAUGCGCCGGCCGCGGCCCGCGCGCCGCGCCUGUACGUGGGCGGCUGUCCCGCGCCCGCGCACCCGCUCCUGCCGCAGGCCAUCUUGCGUGCGGGCGGUUUCCUAGGCUGCGUGCGUCGCGUGGUGGUGGGCGGGCGCGCGGAGGACCUGGUCCGCGAGGCGCGCGCGCACCACCGCGUCGGGCAGUGCUUCCCUAACGUGGAACAGGGGGCGUACUUCGCUGGUGACGCACACGCAGCGUGGGCGGGCGUGGCGCCGACAGAGACGGCGCUAGAGCUGCGCGCGCAGUUCCGCACCGCAGAGCCGCAGGGAGUGCUGCUCGCGACGAGGGACUUUGUGCUCGAGCUGAGAGAUGGCACUCUGGUGUUGACGCGUCAAACAUCAACCGGGUCAGAAUCUUCCCGCACCGAGACGCGCGGCGUCGGCGGGCGCGCGCUAUGCGACAACGCGUGGCACAGCGUCGUGGCUCGCGUGUCGCGGGCGUCACUCGCUCUGUCACUUGACGCGGGGCCGGAGCUACGCGGCGUCGCUACUGGAACCUUACUGGACGAUGAUACCGACACGCCGCUGGUCAUGACGCCGCUUUAUAUUGGGGGAUUACCAGAGGGCACGAUGGACUCGUCUGACGGCGGGCGGGAGAACUUCAAAGGCUGCAUCCGAGACGUGGCGGUGGGCGGCCACAAGACUGACUGGGGCGGCAUGGAGACACUGCAUAACGUCUUGCUGGACUCCUGUCCUGUGGCCUAGAAUAAACCAAUAACUUACUGAGGAAGAGGCACUAAUAAUUGACAGAAAAAGAAAACUUUUACGGUUGAUUCGGUUGAUCUUUAAAUAGUUGAAGCAUAGAUUUACUACUGCCGUAGAUUGAACAUCAGUGCUCAAAAAGUGGGAGUAGUCAAUCAAUGAGUUGAAGUAAAUAGUAGAAGGGAUUUAGCCAAGUUGCAACCGUUCAGAUCUCGCCUGCCGGUAAGGCAUGACUCGAGCGAAUCAGACCAGUACUAACACGCGCUACGUGGUAAAAUUUUGUCACGGUCAUUUUAUCGAUUCUGACGAUAUAAUUAUGUCGUUUUGUCGAUUGCCAAUAUGUAAACCCAAAUAAGUCACGUCGUUCUGGAAAAAUACGAAUUAAAAUCACGUGGCACGCAUGUUAGGGAAAAAACAAACUUAUCGAUAAAAUUUAUUGAAUCGAUCGAUAAUUUUAUCACGUUCCGCAUGAUAGCCCUGCUGGUCAGUGAUGUGGUGUUUCCGGCAGUAAAAAAGUGCUAAAGUUAUGUGAAAAGAGCUUUAUACCUUACCUUUAGGGGAUAGGAUCAGAGUACAUGAAAGAUCAAAAACCUGCCAGUGUCCUUACGAAAGAGAUUUUACAACAGGAAUAUUCCCACAUUGGGAAUAUUCUCCGGAACGGCACAUCACUGACCCAGAUACCUCGCAGGUACGGUCACGAGCAUUAAUAUGUAUACACUUUGGUACCAUGUCACAUUAACUUUUUUGACAAAUUGAACUGUUAAGUCUCACUAAAUGUCAAAUAUGUUAGUUCGACAGAGUCCUAAAGUGGGUACAUUAUAUUGCUCAUGACUGUACGCAUUGCUUUUGGCUUAAACCACAUUAUGACAUAACGAAGACUAAAUAUAAGGCCAAAAUCUUAAAACAAAUACUUUCAAAAUGUUAAACGUAGAACUCGACAGAAUUAGGUUGACAGCACAUUUUAAAGUAAAUUCCAUUCUAGCGAGAUGUCUAUUUUGAUUCAUCCGGGUUAUUCAUUCAUUCACUCACUGGUUUUACAAUUAACAGUUGUCAAUCAUCCGUCACUUUCGGCGGAUAAGAAAAUAAAAUAAAAUUAGGGACACCUGAUAAUUCAUGAUAAGGAAUCAGUCAAUGAUAGUCUAAAAAAUACCGAAUAGUUUCAUGACAUCUAAAUACGUCGCGUUAUAUUUAUCAAUAAUUAUAAAACUAAAGUGUCGAUUUCUCUACUAAAGACUUCUGCAUCUAGUGCCUUAACAAUUACCAAGCUGUGCCAUUUAGAGGUCUAGUAACGAUGUAAAUUAAGUUCCAUUUCCACCAACCAGCCCAAAAACUUAAAAUGUAUUUUUAGAUAUCUUUUUAAAGUAUUGUUUAUUGGGAAACGACCUAAACAACGUGAGGCUAUCAACAAAAAGAGGCUAUAAUGUAAAAAGCAUAAAUUUCAAUUUUGUUUGUACCAACAGUCUCUGUUCAGUGGGCAAGCUAUAUAAUCACUAUUAACGUAUAAUACUCAUUGUACAUAAACACACCACUGAGUACUUAACAUUUGCCACCAGUAUUCGUAUAAUAAUUGUAUAUAAUAAGUAAUAAUAAUAAUUAAUAAUAAUUUAAGCGUGAUUAAGUAUUAAGUACAGUUUUAUAAAAGUGUUAAUGCGAUAAUGGUGCUGGUUCUGAUAGACACCUAUAUAACAUAAACAGCCUAUGUACAGGCCUCCCCUCAAUCUACCGGAGGGGGUAUGGAGCACACUCCACAACGCUGCUACACUGCGGUUUGGUGGAGCUGUUGUGUGUUCUAAACUAGCCGUCUUAUCGUCACUUAUCAUAAGCGAAUCACCAUAGCGUUAUCCCGUUUUUCACGGGGUCUCGGUUAACUGACCUGAAGAUUUGACAGGUCCGGUUUUUUUUACAGAAGCGAUUGCCUGUCUGACCUUCCAGCUCGCGAAUGGAAAACCCAAUACAGGUGUUCGGUUAUCGCAAGUGAAUGAUGACAUUGUUUUCAGAUCCAUCAAAUUAAAAGAAACAAACCUUUAGUCUGAUAAAAUCAGCACCAUAGUCUUUUCCAUUCGAAAAAAUUUAUUCUUUAGAAAAAACAAAUUUGAUUUUAUACCUACAUAAACUGCCUAUAUACGUCCCACUGCCGGGCACAGGCCUCCCCUCAAUCAACCGGAGGGGGUAUUUUAUACCUAUUCGCACAUUUUCACAUUACAAUAUAUUGUUUUUCCACGAGUAAUAAAUACAAUGACAUGUGUUGCAUUUAUCAAUAGUCACUAGACUUAAUGAUUAGAUUGUAAGCUAGUCAGGGCCAAUUAUCGAACCUAUCCCUAAGUUUUAUCUUAAAAUAUGAGGGGCUUACACAAAAUAAUAAUAUCCUAAUUGAAGUAGUUAGAAGUACGAUAAGGUGCAAAGGCCCAAUCAGUUUCUUGCAAAGUAAUAAAUUAACUGGUUGCACUUAAGACCUCCUGGUUACAUGUCGUUUCUGUAAUAGACCAAAAACACCUACGGAAACAUAAAUUUUAAAAUUAUGACAACUAAUGGUACAUAAUUUCACCACUGUUUACAAAUAAUUCGCUUGCUCAGUGACUCAACUUUUGCUCUUUGAUUGUACAUCCAUCGCAAGAUGAACUAAGUACAGCACGAGCACUAACAUGUAUACACUUAGAAACCAUGUCACAUAAACUUUUUUGACAAAUUAAACCGUAAGUCUCAUUAAAUAUCAAAUAUGAUAGUGCGACAGGGUUCUAAAGUGGGUACACGAUAUUGCUUAUAACUGUACCUACUCACACCCCACCGAGCUUUCUGUGACAAACGUGAUGGUGAGCCUGGUCUAACGAAGGCUGCGUUGUACAACGCCAUCUAUAUAUUUUUUGAGGCACGUGGCCUGGAAACACAAGUAACAAGGAACUAAGGAAAUCAGGUAAAAGUAGGGUAAAACCGCUAUACCGGGCAGGAAUAUUUACUCCCAUUUGAAGUCUAUUUUGAAUGGACAUCACUUAUUUAAGAGCCACGCUCUUGUCAGUGUAGCAUUCUCCAUGCUACUUUUUAGGGAAAAAUAGAGCAGUGAUUUCCUUCUUACCUUCUGCCCCGCAGUACUCUGUCAGACGCGAGCGGGACGGCGCCCAGAGUUGUCUAUUUCAAAGCCGUACUAGGACUCCUGUCCUCCGCCUCUGAAUAGUACUGACAGUUACUGCUGCCCUCUGUCAGUUUCCAGGUUUGUUUUGAAGGUACGCAGCAUAAAUAACUGUGCAGAUAAUAAAGCCCUGAUUAUAAUAAGUAGUGCAUGAUUAUGUAAAUAAACACAUAGGGUCCAGCUUUAAUAGUUAACAAACAUUUGGAUAUUGUCACAAAUAAUGAUUUAAACAAUACGUGUUCAGUAGCUGUAUGUGUACAUAUAGAACAGUUUUUAUCUUGUA